AUGAUUUUUAUAGGAGUGGAUUUUAAUGGGCACAUCGGGUCUCUAUCGAUAGGUUAUGAUGAUGUGCAUGGAGGUUUCAGGUUUGGGGAUAGGAAUGUUAAGGGAGCUGCUCUUUUAGAUUUUGCGAGGGCCUUUGGGCUAGUGGUAGUGAAUUCAAUCUUUCCAAAGAAGGAGGAGCAUUUGGUUACUUUUCAUAGUAGGCUAGCCAAGACUCAAAUUGAGUUUUUGCUGCUUAGGAAGGUGGAUAGAGCAAUGUGUAAGGAUUGUAAGGUUAUCCCGAGUGAGAAUCUUGCAACCCAGUAUAGACUUCUAGUGAUGGACUUGGGUAUCAAGAAGGAUGUUAAAAAGAAGGUGGAAAAGAAGAAGACAACUUAUGCUAAGUUGGUGGAGACUAAGGAUGAAGAGGAAAAGCAGAUUAGUAGGGAGGAGUAUAAGUUAGCUAAGAAGGAGGCUAAGUUAGCAGUUACAGAUGCUCAGAUAACAGCUUUUGAGAGUUUGUAUAAGGGGUUAGAGGAUAAAGAUAGGGAAAAAAAGUUGUUAAGGCUUGCCAAGGCUAGGGAGAGGAAGGGUCAUAAUCUGGAUCAAGACAAAGGUGUUGUGCUAGGGGAGUUGGAGCACACCGAGGAAUAUCGAGAUUUCGGCUAUUGUCGGCGUUUUAAAGUAGAGGAGGUCAGCGAGGCUAUUUGUAAGAUCGAAGGGGCAAGGCGACGAGGCUCGAUGAGAUUCCGAUUGAGUAGGACCAAGACGGGUUAUUUGGAGUACAAGUUUAGUGACUCGAGGCAAGAGGAGGAGGUGGUGGUGAAGUUGGACUCUCAGGCAGUUUGCAAGAGAGAUAGUUUUAAGUAUCUUGGGUCUGCGAUCCAGGAAAAUGGGGAGACUGAUGAGGAUGUCUCGCACCAUAUUGGGACAGGUUGUAUGAAAUGA